AUGGCAGAAGGAACAAUUAUCGAAGUUUUUGAGGUAGUCAUUGGCAAAUCGGGCAACCUAGCUGAUCAGAUUGGACUGUCCUCGCGUGUCAAAAAUGAGCUUGAAAAGAUUAGGGAGACGGUUUCAAUAUUCGGAGAUGUGAUUCAAAAAGCAGAGGAGAGUGUAUGGCUGAGAGAGCUGAAAGAUGCAGUUUAUGAAGCAGACAACUUGUUGGAGGAGUUCUCCAAUGAAGUUUCACGACGGGACCUGAUGGCUCAAAAUAAGGAGGCGAAAAAGUCUUUGGGAGACACAAGUCGAGGAUUGGGAGAGAGGGACCAUUAUUUUGUACGUAGUGAAGAAGUUAUUGGGAGAGAGAAUGAUAAGAAGGCAAUAAUUGGAAUUCCUUUGGAUCUCAAUGUUGAAGAGAAUGUUUCAGUCCUUCCGAUUGUUGGGUCAGGAGGAUUAGGGAAGACCACAUUAGCUAAACUAGUAUUUAAUGAUGAAGAAAUUGGAAACCAUUUUGAGAUAAGAUUAUGGGUGUGUGUCUCCGAUGGUUUUGAUAUAAAAAGAACUGUUCAGAAAAUCCUAAACUCUGCAAAAGGGGAAAGAAAAGAAGCCCUUGAAAUGAACACAUUGAUAAAUGAUCUUCAUCAAGAAAUUGAUGGAAGGAGAUACUUACUUGUGUUAGAUGAUGUGUGGAAUGAGGAUUAUGAAAAAUGGAACAGCUUAAAGGGUGUUUUACAGCGUGCUGCAAGAGGUAGUAGAAUGUUGGUGACUACACGGUUGCACAUGGUUGCAAGGAUCACACAAACUAUUCAACCAUACGUUUUAGGGGAAUUAAGUCCACAUGAUUCUUGGCUUUUAUUUGAGAGAUAUGCAUUCAAAGAAGGAGAAGAACCAGAUUUUGGAAUUAAGGAAAUUGGAAUGAAAAUUGUUGAAAAGUGUAGAGGAGUGCCUCUUGCCAUAAAAAUUGUGGGAGACAUAUUGCGCAGUAAAUGUGAUGUUAGAGAAUGGUUUUUCUUUUUGGAUAGUGAGCAUUCAGGAGUAACACAAGAGGAGAAUGGUAUCCUAUCAACACUAAAGUUGAUUUAUAAUCAUCUCCCAUCACAUUUGAAACAGUGCUGUGCAUAUUGUAGUUUAUUUCCAAAGGAUUACAAUAUUAACAAACAAACAUUGAUUAGGCUAUGGAUGGCACAAGGGUUCAUUAAGUCAUCACAUCCAGAUCUAGAAGAUGUCGGUCAUCAGUAUUUUUUGGAAUUAAUAUGGAGAUCAUUUUUUAAAGUAGUUGCAGAAGAUAAGCUGGGCAAUACAUCAUUCAAAAUACAUCACCUCAUACAUGACCUUCUAACAUCAGUAGCAGGUCAAGAAAGCGCCAUUAUUGGCACAGAUGGGGAACACAUUGCUGAUGCUGAGAGAACUCGUCAUUUGGCAUUUGGAUUUCAUUUAGGCUCAUCAUCUCUGACCAACACAUUAUUUCAAACAAGCAAUUUAAGAACAUUUCUGUUGUGUGGUCAACAAUUGGGUGAACAUGAAAAUGGAUUAAAUGAGUCAACUUGUGAUGCAAUUUUUUCAUGUUUUAAGUUCUUACGUGUGCUGGAUUUGCAUGGAACAGGGAUUAACACAGUUCCAAGUUCAAUUAGUAAGCUGAACCAUGUAAGAUGUCUUGAUCUAUCUGAUAACAGGCUGAUCGAGAUGCUUCCUCAAUCCCUUUCUAGGUUGCAGAAUUUGCAGACGCUUAAACUCUCUAGGUGUGUACAGCUUAAAGAAUUGCCAAGGGAUAUUAGCAGAUUAGUUAACCUCAGGAUUCUUGAGAUUGAUGGCUGUUGGGAUUUGAUUCAUAUGCCACAUGGAUUGGGGCAAUUGACUAAUCUUCAAACAUUAUCACAAUUUGUGAUUAGUAAAGAUACCAGUUCAGUCUCUAGGAAUAAUGGUGAAUUGGAGGAACUUGACCGACUAAAUGGUGAAUUGAAAGAACUUAACACACUAAACAACCUGAGAGGAACUUUAGAGAUUGUAAAUUUGAGACGUGGGAAAGACGCUGAAGCUGAAUCUAAGGCUACCAAUUUGAGAGGGAUGGAGCACCUUCAAGGCUUGAAAUUACGUUGGAUUGAAGACGAAGUUGACAAGGUGGAUGUUGUUUUUGAUGAGACGUCACUUGAAGCCUUGCAACCCCACCCAAAUCUUAAAUUAUUAUCUUUGUAUAGGUACAUGGGAGUGGGAUUUCCAAAUUGGCUUUCUUCGCUUACAAAUCUUGUUGAAUUCACAUUAUUUGGAUGUAAGAAAUGUCAACAACUGUUACUAUUGUAUCAGUUUCCUUCACUUAAGGCUCUUGAACUUGAUUCAUUGUCUGCUUUGGAGUACAUAUCUCAUAGUGAGGAGUUCUCUAAUUCUUCACUCCUCUCAUCUCUGGAGGAACUCAAAAUCAAGUAUUGCCCUAAUCUAAAGGGAUGGAAGCAGAGGGGGGAUUCCAUUGAUGAUGAUAACUCCACUGAAAUUGCCACAACUACAACAGCGAUGGCAGGGAAUCAUAUGCCACCUUCAUUCUCAAGGCUUUCCAAAUUAUGUAUCCAGGCAUGUCCUCAACUGGUUUCCAUGCCUUUGUUUCCAUUUCUUGAAAAUCUGGAGCUGUAUUACUGCAGUUUCAAGCCAUUGGAGCAGACAACAAGGAUUGCAGCAGCAGAAGCAACAGUUGUGGCAUCAGCAUCUUCUUCUACACGUGCCGCCUCCUCUUUUGCCCCUCUGUCGAAAUUGAAGUCUAUGGAAAUUGGACGAAUGGAGAAGCCUUUGCCAGAGGAGUGCAUGCAGAAUCUUAUUUCUCUCGAUCGUCUAUGGAUAUAUGAAUGUCGUGGUCCGCUCCUUCAAGGUAUGCGACAUCUCACUGCGCUUAACCAACUGGAAAUUUGUUCUUCCGAGCUGUUCGAUUUAUCCAAUUAUGGGAUGGAAUGGAAAGGCCUUAGGAGCCUCGACUCUCUAUGGCUCUUUCGACUUCUGAAAUUGGAGUUUCUCCCAGAGGGUAUUCAACACGUCACCUCUUUGAGAAAGCUUACGAUUGAUUAUUGUCCAUGUUUGACGGCACUAUCGGAGUGGAUUUUUAGUCUUACAUCUCUUGAAAUACUUGAAAUCCUGCAAUGCCCAAAAUUGUGAUCACUGCCAGUGGAGAUUAGCCGCCUUACCUAUUUGCGCACGCUGAAAAUUCGUUAUUGUCCCAUCUUAUCGAUGCAAAAAGGAAAUAGGUAAUGAUUGGCCUCAGAUUGCUCACAUCCGAAACUUGGAUUUGGAGCCAGGAAAUUUAGAUGGAGAACCAAAUGCACAGCAGAAGAAAUUUGAUCUUUUAAGAAUCAGAACUUAAUCAAAUCUUCUGGCAGCUGUAAUUGUUCAACAAGUCAAAAAUCACAUGAAGAGUUGAAUCUGGCAGUAUUGUUAGAAAAAUUGAAUCUAGCAACCACACUGCAGGAAUCAGCUUCAUUGUGCAGGACAAGAAGUGGAGAGUAGAUGACAAUCCAAUAUAUAAAUUGAUAUUUGGGGGUGCUUCUGAUGGCAUAAUUAUGUUGAUAUAUGUUGAUGACUGCUUUUAUAAAUAGCGGAAGGAUCUCAGUUGCAUUGGCAUAGGACUUGAAGCGGAGAGUUAAUGAGGACCCACGUAUAAGAUUAUAUGACAAGACCAACUAAUAUCAUCUCAUAGCAUUGUGAACUCUGCCACCUUCGAGGGACUUGUGCUUUUGUGCGAUUCAGUGGAAAAUAAGGGUAUCAUGUUGGAGCAGAUAUCAAGUUGAUGAUGCAACCAGUUGUUUGGCUGCUAAACCAAGAAGAAAGUGAAGAACUAGCAGAUGCGUGAAGCAAUUGAAGGCGUUCUUGUUUGUUCCAUGUUGUGGAAGACCUAACAACCAACAAGAAGUGGUGCCCUGGACUCAUACAUUACUGGCCUGCUGAAAUAUCAUAAUCUAUCAAUGAUCUUGCAGUUCCCUUCUGUGCAAGAAAUAAGUAUA